ACCGCAGCAGUUUCAUUCAAGAAAAAGUGACAAACAGUUGUGUCGUGUCCGUGUCGCUUACUAGCAGUCUCGUAUAAUUUAGAGUUAUUGCGAAAAAUAUUCUAUUUCAUUAUUUCUAAUAAUAUAAAUACUACCGUCCUGUUUUGGACAUAAUUUGGAGUUUGCAGCUGAAUGGAAAUAUACAUCUGCAUAAUUAAUUUUCGUCGCUGUGCGAGCUAGCUGUGGGUUUGGCCAUUGCCUGGUGCAAAACCUGAUUGUUGGUGUGUUUUGACGUUCUACUGCCAACCAUUCAAGUGUAUAAUUUAAUAAUUAGGCAAAAAUUAGUUGAGACAUUUGGUAAAUAAUCUCACUCUAACGGUGUAUGUUCGAUGAAGAGUGUUCGAGGUUUGUCAACGCAUGUAGUGGUACUGUACGUGAAGAUUUAACUUUCCCUUUCCAAAUUCCGAAGAUAUCCUGAAAAAUAGUAAAUAUCGCAAGAGAAUUGUUCAACAGAGACUUAGGUGUCUGUUUUCUGAUCGAAUUCCAAGAUGAUGAUUAAUGUGAUGAAGUCAGAUGGAUUGUGAAAAAUAAUACCAAAAAUUAAGUGAAAGGCAAACAAGUGGUACAAAACUACCGAAAAAGAAGAAAAGAGAAGUCAAGUGAAACCGUGAUGAUUAGGCUUGCGCAAGUGAGCUGUUAGCGUUCAUCUGUUGACCAGCAAAGAGGGAGCACCGAUAACGAGAUGGGAAUCUGUUUGUGCAAGGAUAAGGUGGAGGAAGGCUAUCUAAACGAAAACAGUCGUGACUCGUAUACCGCUAGCGGAAACGAAGGUGAUAAUGGCCGGGCAGGACUGACCGGUAUCCAUCACGGCGGCCGAUCAUGUGGCCGGUUCGAUCGGAAGGCCUCACUUUCCGAUACGGUGGACGAGCUGGUGAAGGAAACGCUGGAAAUAAUUGGAUCUAUUGUUGACAAUGAACCCGAACCACCCAAUUCGAUGAUUAUGCUGCACGACAUCACCGACAAGCCGUCGGGCUGGAUCCAGCUGGUUAAGUCACUGAUUCGAGUUGUCCCGUUGGAGCAUCCGAUGGGCCCGAGUGUUAUCACGCUGCUCCUAGACGACAGUCCACUGCCAACGAAAGAUUCUGUACUAGAGGUAGCCGACAUGAUAACCCAUUCAAUCCGACGCACACCGAAGCGAGAACGGAAUCUUUGCGUAAUUCUAGGCUGCCUGGCAGAGAAACUAGCUGGCCCCAGUAGCAUAGCAGUGCUUUCGGAUAUUACACUUGGCUAUCUGCUGGGUAAUUUGGACGAAGGUAUCCAGCCGGACGUUAUGUUGUUUUCACUGAUAGCAUUGGAGAAAUUUGCUCAAACAAGCGAAAACAAAGCCACCAUCAAGCGGAAAUUGGCUCUCUACCCGGAAAACCCUUUGAUACGACUUGAAAGACAUAACGAGAGCAAAGUGUUUAUCCUCCGACAAGUUGGAUUCUGUGCUCGCUGGUGCUUGGACAACUAUUUCCUCAUCGACGGUCGCAAGUACUCGUACGAGACAACAGACAUGAGCAACGUAAACGUGAUGCUAAACACGCGGGACGUGAGCGAGUACCUGAAGAUUUCACCGGACGGAUUGGAAGCACGCUGCGAUGCGUACUCGUUCGAAAGUGUUCGCUGUACGUUCCAGAUCAAUUCCGGCUGCUGGUAUUACGAGGUCCUGAUAAUCACCCCGGGAGUAAUGCAGAUCGGUUGGGCUACCAAGGACUCGAAUUUCCUCAGCCAUGAAGGUUACGGUAUAGGCGAUGAUGCCUACUCGAUAGCGUUCGACGGAUGUCGGAAGCUAAUAUGGCACAAUGCUCGUUCGAUGCCGCAUGAUCUGCACAUAUGGAGAGGUGGUUCUAUUCUGGGUUGUUUGCUGGAUCUAGACGCACGAGAGGUGAUAUUUAGCUUAGACGGUGUGGAGGGUGGUAUACUGAAACAAGUGUUCGGUAGUGCGAGAGACGGGUUCUUUGCGGCAGCUUCAUUUAUGUCGUUCCAGCAGUGCCGAUUCAAUUUUGGGUCGACACCUUUUGUAUACCCGCCGAAAAAUCGACAGUUCAUGAGUUUUAACGAUCACGCACAGAUGAAGGAUCAAGAUAAGAUCGUUCUCCCACGACAUCUUUUCCUCGAGCAGCUGCGAAAGCUAAGCGUUCGCGAAGACUCCUGCACACUUUGUUUCGACAUGAAGGCAUCGAUUCGGAUAGAGCCAUGCAAACAUCGUGGUUUCUGCACAAACUGUGCCGCACAGCUGCAGUUUUGUCCCAUGUGCCGAGCAGAAAUCGUCAGUACCGUACAGGAAGUGACACUAGAUAGCCCCGUGUCGGAAGAUGCCGAAGCUGCGACUUGAUAGCAGCCUGUACCGAACGAAGAAUGAAUGAGUUGUGGAUGUGCGCAUAUACGAGCAAAGUCGAAUACCUUUUGAAUUUCAAAAAAGUUUACAGAACACAGAAGAAAAAAGAGUUUGUGAUAGUAUAAAUAUUAAACAAUAGCUGUUUCUUGAUUUAGUCAUACUACUGAAGGAACGAAACAAAAUAAAUCUGAGCUACAAGUUUGCCAUUUAGUUAUCCAGGAUUGAUAAAUUUCGGUACCAAUGAUUGACACGUACUUAAAAUGAAGUGAGCAAAAAGUAUAAUGAUGGAACCUGAUACCAAUUGACAAAUGCGUCUUCCCACAACGAAGAUGAAGACACGGUUAUAGCUUUUUAGUGGUUUGAAAUGCAGAAAGGUUUAAUCUGUUAAAACGUCGUUGUUACUCGUUUUUUGCAUUCUUGUCGAGCGUCGUCUAAAUAGGGUGUAUAUAUAUUUGAAUGUUAAAAUAGGAACACCUCAUUAUUUUAAUCACUUAUCUCCGCAUAUUGUAUAUGUAUGUAUGCAUAAAAAGCAUACCAAGCGUCUCGUUUCGCUGACGUACACGGUUCAGUUGCUACUAGCAUCUGUCAUAUGAUAUAUUAUUAUUUCAAUCCGAUCUACACAUGAAAACUAUACAUACAUUGCAAAUUGAUAGAAAUGGAACAACUGCACGGAAACGAAAUGACUGAUAUAUUUUUGUACAACCUGUUAACAAAAACGAAAUAAUAGAAUGGAUCAGCUAGUUUCUAAAAAUGCUAGACAAGCAGUACAUUACAAUUGAACGAGCGUUUGCGAAAAUUGAAUAGUAUCAUAGUGAUUUAUUUGAAAUUAAUAGAGUAUAUAAUGCAUCGUGUA